UGCAAUGUUUUUGUAAACACAGUAGUGAAGCACGUGCUACGUAGGGCGAAGUACUUUGAAUCGAUUUGUUCCGUUGUAUUUAGUUCAUACAUAAAGGUUUUUGUAAGAUACAUUGUACCAACAGAACGAUGGCGUUAAUAGACGCAAAAUUCCAGCCAUGGGCAGCAGUCAAGGACCAACUUCAAACCAUACUACAGACUGUGGACCCCCAGGACAUGUGCGUGACCAUUCCCUAUGGACUUCAGCUGCUUCACGGUAUGCAUCAUCCCCACGUGGUACGUUGCCUAGCCUUCUACCAUUCCACAACCGGCGAUAUCUACGUCACUCACAUAGACACUGGAGCAUGCAAUGAGAUCUAUGUAUGGACCAUCAGUAGUCUGGACGAACAGGUCGUCAAAUGCACCAAGUUUCCCAUAAAAGCUGCCAUCUCCAGACUGAUUUUUAUUCCGCAUCACAGGGUGUUUGUGGGAUUCUGCAGUGACAUGACACUGCGCACGUUCAGCGACUUGAUCCAUCAUUGUGCUGAGCUGACCCAAGUCACAUGUCUGUCCACAGUGCUCUGCAUGGCGUACAAUGAAUGCAAUGAUGAACUGAUAACUGGGGGCCACGGAUGCCUACAGACUUGGAAAAUGACUCACAUUGAGCUCCGUGAUCCUUUAACCCCGGGUCGACCCAUCGAGUGUCAGAUCACCUCUGAGGAUUGGGUCAGGGACCUACAGAUAGACAAGAAGCAUCGUCAGUUGGUGGUGCUAUGCGAUGAGGGAGUGUGCAUCAUAGACUACCAGACCAACAAACAGAUCUUCUUCAUCCGUAAUUGGCACGAGACAGCUCUGACAAGUUGUGUCUUCUACCGGCGUCUUGAAUACUUUGUCACAGCUGCUAUGGACGGCUCCAUCAAAGUCUGGAAUGCCGUGGUGUACAGUCAGGUGCACGAAUUCAUUGGACACUACGAUUGUGUCACAGGUCUUGUAAUGCAUCCAUCAGAUCCUCUGCUCAUAUCCAGCUCCAAAGACGGCACGAUACGGAUGUGGAGACUGGACACAUUUGAAUUGACUCAGCGGCUGGACGUUGGUGAGAAGAUUCUGGGAAUGCGGCUGGCAAAUCACAACCAGCUGUACUACUACACACUACAUGACGUCAAGAUCUACACUUUCAAUCAGUUCCAUCACAUAUUUACUCCGGUCCAGUCUUGCAUCCACAAGCUUGCCCGGGUGAAGACUGCUUCCUGUCCCACGAGGAUCCUCUGUGCAGCUGAGGAUGGUGGUGUACGUUUGAUAUCUGCUGUAUCCGGAACCAUUCUGACCAUCAUCUACCCAAUGGCCACUUAUCAGAUCUUGACGGACCUUGUCUACGAUCCCACGCACAAUAUGAUCUACACCGUCAUGGCCACAGGCGAUGUCUUAGUCUUCAACAGCGACACCAAUCCCUGUACUGCAGACCAGCUGUGGGUGCCGGGACUGCCUGACGAAUGCGUGCUGUGCCUGGCAAUAAUCAGGCUGGAUUGUGCACUAGGCAAGCCAGAGUCCGCCCACUGCGAAUCCCUGAUCUUUGCCGGGCUGAACAGCGGUCAGAUCGUACUGCUAGAAGCCCAGCACCACUACAUGAAGAUACCAGUCCAGGCCCACCUAGGGCAGGUCACGGCUCUGGAGUACUCCCACGGUCAAUGUGAUAGGAAGGGGGAUGCCAUCGGGGGUGCUGAUAGGCUGAUGUCUUGCGGAUCAGAUAAGAUUGUUCGUGUCUGGGCUAUUGAGCUGAUGGGUCCUAAGGAUCUGCAAGUUAAACUGACUUGCAGAAAAAUGAUCACUUGUUCCCUCUGCCCAUCUCAUAUAUCCAUGCUGGGGCAUUCACUCUGUAUGGUCCUACCUAACAAUGUGAUUCAUGUGUAUGAGUUACUCGAUGAACUGGAUGCAACUCAAACUGCCGCUGAAGAGGAGAAUUGCAGCAAGUCAAAGAUGUUGGAAAAGGCCACACUGCACACUCACAUCAAAGAGCAUGACCACACCAAGAUGGUUACAGCCUUAUGCAGCUGCCAAUCCCUGGGCUUGUUUGCAACAACAAGCAAUGAUUGUUCGGUGAAGCUUUGGGAUUUGGCCAACACGUUAGUCAGGGAGCUGUGUUUUGAUGCAUCAUUACGCAGUGUCUGCUUUGCUAACGAUCGAGGCGAUCUCCUAGUUGGCUUCCAGAACCACGUCAGUUAUGUCGCCAUCAGUACCUACCUGCCUCUGUCCUACAUGGAAAGACUGCUAGAAGGGAUGGACUUCAAGGAUGAGGAGAUUGAAGAGCCAAUCAGAUUCAACCCUGACCUCCAACUCUGGUUUAACGUGUCCAACCUGCCGACGUUCCCCACCGAUGUGUUCCUCAGACGUCAUAUGCAACAGUCGGCAGACCACCUGCAGAAGCAUCGGCUCAGUAUAGCGCCCCCUAGAGACAGGGGAGACAGCGAGGCCAUAUUGUCGCCAAUGGGUGCCAGCAGUCCGACCCUGGGCCACGAGGCAUCCCCUACCGUUUCUCUUGAUGUGGCCCAGAGACAAAGCCAUGCCAAGGCUCGUGUCCGUUUCAGCAGCCUGAAGCCUCCACUGGAUGAGACCGUCGCACAGAAACCACAUGAAGUGUUCGAGGUGGACUCUAAAGAGGCUAAAAAGACUCAGAUCAUGGAUAAAAUGGAGGCUGAGGACUCCACCCAUGAUGAGGAAGUAGCAGGAGAUGAGGAGGAUGCUGCUGUGACCAAAGAAGAGGAGGCGGAGCUUGGAGGGCAGUUUGAGGAGGAGGAGGAGGAGCUGGAUUUCAACCCAUGGCCUAUUGCACCAGAUGGAUAUAUCCCAAACUCAGUCAUCAGAGGCAUUAUGGGAUACCAUCACACACUGGAACCGAUACCCGAAUCGCCAUGGAAACUCAAAGAUGUUCCAUCAGGAUUUCUAGCCGAGAAGACGCCGGUGGAAUCAGAUUCUUAUGAGCGUCAUGAGCCUUUCAUCUGGGGUCCCUCCUCCUCAGAGGAGGAAGAAGAGUUUGACUUAUUGUCCCUGGAGAACCUCCAGGACGAAGCCUCCAAGAACAAGAUCUUCCAGGAGCUGGGCGUGGCCAACAUGAGCGUCAUGGAGAGGAGAAGGACUCUGGAGAAGCUGCAGCUGUCUGGGAUGGCACUGCCAGGGAAAGUUUCAAUUCCUCAGCUUGAGGCUCUGAAAACAAAGGGAAAAGCUGCGAAACGAAGAAAAUCAAGAGGAAUCAACGCAGCAGAAACUGCACUAGUAAGACAGAAGGCAAGAGUGCCCGGGAUGACAAUGGAUCUUGAGGAAUCAGAAGAUGAAGAAGAAGAGAUAAUCACAGAAGACACCAUCCCAGAGCUGCUUAAAACAAUCGCUGCAAACAAAUGGUUCCCAAAAGGAGUUACGCUGCAAGUGGAACCAGUGGUCAGGACACUGUUGAGUAUCUUGGACGAUGUUGCUGAUCUGCAAUACAGACCUGUAUGCGAGGCCAUGGUCCAAAUAUACAAAGAGUUGGGCAUCAAUGACCAUCUGAUGGAGGUUGUCAUCCAGGUCUACCGCAACCAGCUCAAGAGCAGUCGAGCCAUCGUCAGAGCCAACGCUGUGAAAACCCUGACAGCGUUUGGUCUGGAUCGCAGGGACGUUAUCUUGAGUCUGCUGCCAGCACUGACAGACGAAACAGCUGAUGUGAGAGAUGAGACCAUAAAAGCUGUGGAAGCCCUCGCUGGUAUCCAAGACAGAUCCAGCCUGAUGGACUACCUGGAGAAGAUUGGCUUCUUUAAACCAUAUCAGGGACAGGAGGAAGUGAUCCAGGACCUCGCCCGUCGCUACACCCCGGACCCCUUCCACCGGCCCACCUUGCACCCCUCCCGCAUCCAGCUAUUAGCUCGUCGCUUACCAGGGACACUCCAGGAGGAGCGACCACCGUCCCCCCUGGAGGGUCUGCCCUGUGCGUCACCGGUCCUCAACGUCCACAACUGGCUGUCUGAGUACCAGAUGGAGCUGGGCCAGUGUCCAAGCGAAGAAGAGGUCUUUCUUGGGGAGGGUAUUGGCACAGACCCAACAGCUUACCAAGCACUUGAACCUUGGCGUGCCAAAAUGUUGUCCCAGCAAACAACAUACGCGCCAUUCCCACGCCAGGGGCAAAGGACAGCCCCUCAACCCCCCACGGGAAGGAGAAGAGCAUCUGUGAAAUAUCCUGAAGGUGGGAGACUCGCUCCACUCAAAACAGAUCAGCAACCUUCACUGGGACCACCGAUCGUUGAUAGAGGGCGCUCUCAAGUGGGCAUUGGGCAACAGGUCGCGGGUGCAACAUUUGACCGCACGGUGGCAUCCAGUGAGCCAUUUAAGACGUUGCAUGUGGAAAUACUUCAAGCUCACGACGAGUCGUUGGGACGGGAGAAAGAAAAGAUGGAAAACCACAUGCAUCUGAGGCUCCAACAUCAUCGUGAACGCUACGAGCAGCUCAGGCAACGUCAGCAACUUGAACAAGCUAAAAAAUCCAAGCUCACCCCAAACAAAGCCGAGUGUUACUCGUAUUACGACAAACGGGCCCAGAUCGAAGAGUCAACAGAAGAGUUUGAGUCGGUCAUGUCGGAGUGGAGCGAGGCGGCCCUAAUCCGUGCCAGAGCGGUCAUAGCAGCGUUCGCAGACAUGCCGUCCCAAUUGCAGAAAAAGCCCGAUUGGGAAUUCCCCAUCAGCGAGUCCGGCGUCGGAGGAUCCAGUCUGUUCACCGGCAGCGUGCCCAGAGUUGGCCACGCCCCCAAGGAGAGGGAGGCGGAGGGCAGCAGCGGCUUCUUCACCGAGACUGACCUCUCGGGUCAGGGGUCGUUGCCGGGACGGCCGAGGUCAAAGCUGACUAAGGAGAAUCUGCAGAGGCAUGAUACCAUGAGCGGGAAAGCCAAGAUGCAGAUGGACGAGGGUACGCUUUCAACUAGAACAAUUCUCAGCCACCAGAUACAAAAAAACUGGAGGGAAUUCUUCAGGCUGCCCUCCGUCCAACGCAGGAAAAAAGAAAAUGCCGCCGCGCCAACCCACACUAGCAAGCCACCCGCCAGCCUUCGACCAAUCAAAUGCAUCGGGUCAAAGGUCAAAGUUGACAGCUCCCAGGGGGAACGGGGUCAGAGGCUAUUGGAAAAGGUGGAAAUGGAUGGGAGGCAGAGGGUCGAUAGAGGCGGGGAGGGGGCGGGGGAGGUGUUUUGUACCCCAGUGCCGGAGAAGCUGACAAUAAAUACAAAGAACAGGUCGUCAGGCGUCAGCCAUUACGGUAACCUGGACAUGACCUGGACAACCGACGGUCCAAUCACAGGCGAGGCUGGGGAAGGUCAUCACAAGGUCAUCUCCAUGACGACGGUACAUCGGCAUCCCGGCCAAACCAAGGAGCGUCGCAAAGAGUGGCUGCGACAGCAGAUGCUGUUCCCUUCUUUGUAUAACAUGAGGGUGUUGGAUGAAAACCGGAGGAGACAUGCAGCUGCGGCACAGGCCAAACAGACAUCCACCCACUUCCCUUCACUGAGGCCCCUCCCACCCGCAACGAGGAAUGUCUUGUUCAAAUGGGACACUCCGGAGCCAGUAGUGUGUUCAAAGCAGCUGAAGAACAGGCCGUCCUUCGUCAAGAUCUUGGAUGGAUCACGGGUGAAUGAAGUCAGGAAAGUACGGUGCAGUCCCAAAGAGGAACCUGGCGUCAAGAAAGCCCACAUCUACCUGCCCUACCUCCCGAUGGACGGACCAGAGACUCCGGUGGUGCCCCAGAACUCCACCAUCUCUCACCAGAGCUCAAUUCGCUUACCCAGGAUCCCAACCGCUGGAACAGUCGGCAACAGAUGCAUGGAAAACAUACAAGAGAAACUAGAGGACAACACUAGGAGUGCUAUAACUAUCCCGCUACAGUGAGAUCCACUUAGUAAGUUCAAUCCAAAGCCUUUUCUCAAUUAGAGGUUUCUAGAUGCCUUCAAAAUCCACCAGUUUGAAGGAACUCAGUUGCAAAGGGCAUGGUUUCGAUUUCCCAGAACAUUCUGAAUCCUUCAAAAUCCAUCAAUGCUGCAGGAACUCGAUGGUAAUUUCAGUGUACUUGAAACUUUCAAGGGAUAACAGCGCUCUUUCUGGGAGCAUUCCUGAAUCCUUCAAAAUCUAUCACUUUGUAGGCAUUUAAUGGCAAGUUAUUUUUGCUUGAAAUAUGAGGUGUACAUUACUAGUCCCAUGGCCUUACCAAAAUUCCUGCUCAUCCUUUGUUGGUGAUUUUUGGUGGAUUUUGAAGGAAUUAGGAUUACUGGAUAUAUAUUCAUGUCAAGGCCUUCUUCUUAAUUUGAUAUUGACUAUGAUGCACAUACAUUAACAUUUGCUAGUUAAGAUCAUAUGUAGAUUUUUUUCCCAAGACAAAUCGAUGAAUAACUAUUAAACACUGAAAGUGUUUUCAACACUUUGAUAUUUAGAAUGCCAAAAUAAUAAGCUUUUAUUAAUUU